AUGCCGCUCGGGUUUAAGCGCGGGGUGGCAGAGGUUCGGGCAUGGGACGCCGCCGCCCCCCACCCCGACGCGGCGGGGAGCUCCGGCGUCGGCGGAGGAGGAGCGCCGCCGCCACCACCUCCAUCGUCUUCGCCGCUGGCAUAUCCCUCCCUGUGGCCUUCGCUGCCGGGCCAUCUGCCUUGUGCUGGUCAGGAGGAAGCUGGUAUAGAGUGGACCUUUGAUCCAUGUCUUCACAAGUAUUGGAAUGCCACUCAUGGCAAGUUCAGAUGCCAGGUGCCACGGCAGCAGCAGCAGAACAUGCUCUCAAACACCCAUGGGGACAGGGCUGUAUUUAAGUUACAAAAAAGCUUCUUCGAGAACUUCAUAUUGUGUAACAUAACAGGACGGUCUAAACACCAUGCCCUUCCAAAGUUCAAUCUGUAUGCUGAAGAUGAGUCCAGGGACAUCAUGGUUACGUCAAGAGGUAGCGAAAUUAGCCUUGUUAGCUCGGGCUUCGGAAGGAGACAAACCCUUGUGCUGUCUCAUCAGCAAGUACAGAUAGAGUGUGAUGGCCAUACAGUGGCAAGCCCUAUUUGCCGAUUUGUGUUGUCCUUCUUACAGCAUGUGAAGUCUGCAUCUGAACUACUGAGGAGUUGGAUGAGAUUCAUCAAGCUGUUCGCUUUAAAGCUAUUCUAUUGUUGGAUGGCUCCUGCUAUCAAGCGAUUCCUGCCCAUGCUAACGAGGUUGAGUUGGUUUAGCAUUAUGGGCGACCCUAUGCUACAGACUGAGGAAUUCAUGCACGCUUGUUGCGUGCACUGUGUGCACUGAAGCACAGCACAGGCUUGAGUUUGAACGAUUGCAUGGAGCAUGGUCGUUUGUCUGCAAGGCUGCCUGUCCAAGGAAGUUGAGGAGCUCCUG